CCCGACCGGGACACCCUGCGUGCGUGUGUUUCGGGACUUUUGUCGCGGAGGUCUGAGCACCCGGCUGGUUCUCCGUCUUACCUGUCCCAUCCACCCGUCCUCGCUGCAUCGUGUCCGGACGGCAGCGUCCCCAGUUUGAUCCUGUUCCAAUUUAUCUGAGCCCAGCUGCGAGCGACCCAUCUGCUAGAUCGAUAUCAUUUGGAUGAAGAUGAGACAACUGAGUGCAUUCAUCCUGUUGACCCUGGCUGUCCUCGCAACAGCCAGACCAAAAACAGAACCUGCGCAGAAAUGUAAGACCGGUCCGGUGGAUCUAGUCUUCCUCAUAGACAGCUCCCGCAGCGUUAGGCCACAUGAGUUUGAGACCAUGAGGAAGUUUAUGAUUGACAUCAUUAACACCCUGGAUAUUGGACUAAAUGCCACCAGAGUGGGAGUUGUUCAAUAUUCCAGUCAGGUCCGCACUGAGUUCACUCUGAAGACUCACAGCAGGCUGAGCAACAUAGUGAAAGCCAUCAAUCAGAUCAUCCCCCUCGCUCAGGGUACCAUGACCGGACUCGCCAUCAGAUACAUGAUGAAUGAAGCUUUUACUGCUGAGGCUGGAGACAGGCCAAAGGUUCCAAAUGUGGCCGUGAUCGUGACAGACGGACGUCCUCAGGACCGCGUGGCUGAGGUGGCAGCUGAGGCAAGAGAAAAAGGCAUUGAGAUCUAUGCUGUGGGCGUGGCCAGGGCAGAUAUGACAUCACUGAGGGCCAUGGCAUCACCGCCCUUCGAGGACCACGUCUUCCUGGUUGAGUCCUUUGAUCUCAUUCACCAGUUUGGCAUCCAGUUCCAGGAUAAGCUCUGCGGCGUGGAUCUGUGUCUGGAGUCAGACCACGGCUGUGAGCACAUCUGUGAGAGCACUCCUGGAUCCUACCACUGCCUCUGUCUGCCCGGAUACACUGUGAACGAUGACGGGAAGACAUGCAGAGCCAUAGAUCUGUGUGCUGAGAGAAAACAUAACUGUGAACAAAUCUGCGUCAGCUCCCCGGGCUCCUUCACCUGUGACUGCAACAAAGGAUACAAACUGAACAACGACCAGAGGACCUGCUCAAUGAUCGACUACUGUUCGUUUGGGAACCACAGUUGCGAUCACGAGUGUGUGAGCGUGCUCAAUGGCUAUCGCUGUCGCUGUAACGAGGGAUACAGGCUGCUGGAGGACGGCAAGACCUGCCAGGCCAUUGACCUGUGCGCUGAGGGGAAGCACGACUGUGAACAGAUCUGCAUCAGCACGCCGGGCAUCUACACCUGCGACUGCAACAAUGGAUACACGCUCAAUGAGGACGAGAAGACCUGCACACCCAUUGACCUGUGUGCUGAGGGAAAGCACGACUGUGAGCAGAUCUGUGUCAGCGCUCCGGGCGUCUUCACCUGCGACUGUAACAAAGGAUUCAAACUCAACAAGGACAAGAAGACCUGCACAAACAUGAACAUGUGUAACACAGUGGAGCACGGCUGUGAGUACCAGUGUGUGAGCACUCCAGGCUCUUAUCACUGCAUCUGCCCCGAGGGACAGCUGCUACAGGACGACGGCAAGAGCUGCGGCAGUAAGUCAUCAUCUGUGCAAAUGCAAAUCGUCUGA